AUGAAUAGAGGAAGAGAAAAGACCUCAAAAUAUCCGAGACGUAGUUUCUGCGGUGAAAUCACAGCCGAUGAUAUCAAUAUCCCUCUGGAUCUAACGGUGGAGAUACUCAAGAAACUCCCGGCCAAGUCUCUUGUGAGGUUCCAAUGCGUCUCGAAGCAAUGGUCAACCAUUAUCGGAUCCCGCAAAGAUUUCAUUGACUCGAUCGUGGCUCGUUCUUUGGCUCAGCCGCCUCGUGAUAAUCUCCACUUCAUCUUCCACCACUUUUCCCUUGACCCUUUCUUCAUCUUCUAA